AUGGAGGGGAUACACCAUGGGCAUGGGGAAGGCCGGUCGUCCAUGGCCUUCCCCGGCUUUGACCCGGACUCCCAUAUGAUGUCCGAUGACUUCUCUUUCGAUUCACCUUUCAGUCCCUCCGAUUCCUCCAACGCCAAUGAUGGAGUCCUCAACAAUUCUAUCUUCCCUGAAUGGACCAACGGUGCGCCGCGUGGCGAUAACCCCGAUGAGUUGCAGAGGAAAGAUCCGUUGGCCGCUCAGAUCUGGAAACUAUAUACGAGGACGAAAUCUCAACUACCCAAUCAAGAACGUAUGGAGAACUUGACAUGGCGAAUGAUGGCAAUGAAUUUGAAGCGUAAGGAACGGGAGCAGCAGGCUCGUGCCUCGGAAACUCUGAGCCCGACACCGAGCGGCAUCGCGCAGAUGCGUCUGUCUGACCAAGUCUCGCCCGUUGAAUCCCACCAGCACGAUAUGAGCAUGGAUGCGACCCCGGAUCCAAUGAAUUUGGAUGACUUCAUCAUACCCUUCGACUCUCCAGCUGAACACCAUCCACACCCCCCACCGAUCGCCACUUCACAGCAACACCCACCGGCUGCUUCUUUCCCACACCCGCCCCAGGAUCAACGAACAAACUCCGAAUUUGGGUACGUCCCCCGUCGGGUCCGUAAAACGAGCGUCGACGAGCGACAGUUCUUCGCUGGUCUUGCCGUGCCAACCCGGAAGCGACCAGCCGAGGCCUCGCCCCAGGUCCCCCCAGUUUCCAACGCUAUGAUGGCUCAGCGCUCGGAACUGCCAGCGACAAUGCCCGAUUACUCGCUCGAUCAUUCGCCAUCUGCCUUUGCUCUCCCCGGCAAUGGCACCGUAGGCCCGCGCCGGCCUCAACACUCUCACACACAUUCUGGCAUUCCCUACGGGUUAGAUACCUUUGGCCUCGGAGAGGAUCAUGGAAUCCAUUCAGCUGGACCUUAUCAGCAGAAUUUCCAUUUCUCGCCUUCAGACUCCCCAAUGACUGCAGGGAAUCCUUUCUCGAACUUGUAUGCCCAGACGCCGCUCGCCUCGUCCCUCAACUCCACCGAAUUCUUUUCUCCCCCGCCUUCUGGCUAUCAGUCCACUGUGUCAACCCCGCAACCGAUUUACGAGGGAGAACAGUCGAUGUUCUUCACUGAUGCGCCCUCUGCUGAAUCCCACUCCCAGCGCCGUAUCCCGAACUACAUCCAGCAGCGCCAGUCUAAUCUGUCUGCUUCGCUGCAACCUCGCUAUAUGUAUAACGUUUCCAACGGCGAAUCGCAGUCCGGGAACGCGGUCACAGGUCCCCCGACCACUCAUGUGUCUGGAUUCUCAGUACCACAGCCCCAGCAUGUCAACCCGUCGCAGGUGCUUGGUUCCGGCGAGUUUUCCACAACAGCGCCCGCUGGCAGUAUGUUCACCUUUGGCGGGGAUUCUGACAACGAGGAUGAUGAGAUCAACUUUGGUGAACGUGGAGGUAUUACCAUGCCAAAUGAUUUCGCCUCUAUGGAUGAAUCGAAUGAUAUGGGCGCUCCUCUUCAUUGGGAUGGAGGCUUCCCCGGAUCAGUUCAGUCGCUUCCAGGCUUCAGUGCCCAGCACCGCAAGCAUGUCACAAUCGGAUCUACAGAUAUGAUCGAUGGGCCGCAUGAAUGGAACCAGGCAGGCAGUCUAGGUCGUGCGCAUGGAUCCGCCGCUUCAGUAAGUGAAGUUCGCAAUCGUGACCAAGACCCUCGUCGCUACGGGAAAGUCCCUCGCACGGCUUCGACUCCCAAUGCCGCUGCGCUGCUCCGCCAGAGCUUGAACGGCUCAGCCAGCGGACCCCCGACAAACCACCCCUCCCCUAGCACCCCUCCUGAGUCUGGUCUUAGCAGUGCUGUGCCAUCUCGACCAGGUAGUCCUGGCGGGUCGAAGAAUGGCGACCCAAAUGCUGGACCGACCACUUGCACCAACUGUUUCACUCAAACGACUCCUCUAUGGAGACGCAACCCCGAAGGCCAGCCUUUAUGCAACGCCUGCGGCUUGUUCCUGAAGCUCCAUGGCGUUGUUCGACCCCUCUCGCUGAAGACUGAUGUGAUCAAGAAACGAAAUCGUAGCAGCGCCAAUACUCUGGCCGUUGGAACCUCUCGGUCAUCCAAAAAGACAUCUCGCAAAAACUCCAUCCAUCAUGCUCCAUCCAACUCGAUUUCAUCGCGCAUCAACACCUCUGAGUCGCCACCUUCGAUUACUGGAUCCAACACGAUGGGGAAACCUGGUGUUGUGCCCAUUGCCGCUGCCCCGCCCAAAUCUGGCCCGCCUGCUGGUGUUGCCCAGGCCCGUGCUGGUGUGCAAGUAGCACCCAGACGGCAGCGCCGACUCGAAAAGGCCCCAACUGGUUCAGACCCCGACGCAGAAGACAGCCCAAAGUCAAGUGCUCCCACGAGCCGGUCCAAGGUUGUACCUUUGGCUCCGGCGAUGGCACCACCCGCUGCGGCAAACCCGGCCAACCACAGUAUCGCUGGUGGGCAGGGUGCAAGCCAAGAGUGGGAGUGGCUGACGAUGAGUCUGUGA